AUGCCCACGACACGGGGCGGCGUCCUUCUGCUCGCCGUCGCCAGCGUCUUCGGAGGCAUCCCGGCAGUCGCCUCUGCAGCAGACGCCCAGGAUCUGCUCGCGAAGGUUCACAGCGACGUCCAGCAGCUGGCAGAUGGACUUGCAGCACAGAACAAGAAGGUGCAGGCCGAUAUCCAGCAGCUGGCAGGCGGGCUUGCAACGGAGAACGAGAAGGUGCACGAAGACGUCCAGCAGCUGGCAGAUCGUCUUGCAGCCGAGAGCGAGAAGGAGGCCGGCGUGUCCGCUGCAGAGAAAGCCGAGUCUGUGAAGGCAGAGGAGGAGUCCGGUGCAAGCUCUGACUCCGAAGAUUCCCCGAAAGAGGCCCAAGCCGAGGCAUCUGGAAAGGGGCCCGUCGAAGAAGGCCCUCCAGCAGUCGAUGCAUCGGAGAUGACCAAGGAUGCCCAGAACCUUCUCGACAAGGCUCACCAAGACAUUGAGCAGCUGGCAGAUCGGAUUUCGGCCGAGCGCCAGAAGGUAGCCGAGGCCACCACUGGAGAAGAAGCCAACGAUCUUCUGCAGGAUGCGAAGGCUGAGGUGCAGGCCGUGGCGAAGUCGGGGCAGUCGACUGCCGACCGUCUUGAAAGAUUGAGGGAUCGGCUGGGAGCAGAGGACCGACAGGAGGCCCAGGAGAUCACCGCCACCUCCGCCGGCACAGGGAUUCCGUGGAAUGCCAUCUGGCCCUGUGCGGUCAUGGUGCUGCUGAUCUACAUCUACCUUGCCGUGGGCAUCUUCACCCCUGACUCGAUGGGCUACGAGCAACUGGAGGUUGACCGGAGGGAUCCGGUCCUGGUCUUGGCAGCCGUGGUUUAUUGGGUGGUGAUGCCCAUCUCUCUGGUCACGCUGGGCUUCGGAGCGAGCUGCGAAGAGGGUGCGCCUACUCUGGCUUACAUCACCUACGGUGUUUGCUUUGUUUUGCACUUCCUUUGCAUCUUCUGGGCCAUGACAGGCUCACUGAAAAGGAGACUCCACGACAGUACCCCGAAGCUCAUUUUAAUGCUAGUGUUUGCGGCGCUGGAGCAUUACGACAUGGCAUCUGAUGCGCUCUUCACCGGCACAUCAGCGGCCUGCAGCGAGGAAGUUACGAGCUUGUGGCUGCAGUCCUGGCAUGCCGUGCCAGGGGGCGCUUUCAUGGUUCCCACGCUCUCUAAGCUAGGCUUCUCCGGCGUGGCGUUGAUGCUGUUUGUCACGAACGCUUACGUGCCGCAAUUACUUGUGGUCUGGGCUCCGUUUGCACCUUUUGCUGCACUUUCCUUUGUGGCUAUGGUCAUCCUUUGGGCCAGCUUUGGCUGGGUUAUCGGCCUUUCAGUCAUCCUCGUGGUUUAUGCUUUGGUGGUGUUCAGUCCUCUGGGGGCGAUGGAGAUGGAGGAGCUGAAAGCGGAGGCUUUAAGCAGCGAUGAGCACAUUAGCACCUACCUUGGCGUCGAGAUUGUGGAAACGAAGGGACCCAAAGAAAAACGGCCCCUCGUGAUCAUGGGCACGAAGUUGGUUCUGGAAAACUUAUUGCAGUUAUGGCUGCAGAGUUCGUACCUUUCACUCUCCUUCGAGAGAAUGGACACCAGUGCUCGCGGCCAGGCUAUGGCCUCCAUCGGAGUCGGCCUCCUCGUUGCAGGUGGCAAAGGCAUCCAGAUCUCGGUGAUCUUGCUGACCAUGAUGCAUGAAGGUGGUAGAGAUGCAUGCCGAGAUGCGUGCGAAGAUUGUCAGGGCUUUUCGCUAGGCUUGGGCAUUAUCGGAGUCUUCAUGAUGAUCGCCGGCUUCGGAGGCCUCGCGUGGGUCUUGGCGAAAGUCGUCUUCAUCUUCCGCUGCGAUUCGCACGUUUGGAACCUUUCCACCGGCUGCAUCAGCCCGGAGAUGUAG